GCGAGCAUCACUGCGCACCGAGCACCGACGGAGACACCGACCCGCCGAGCGGAGGACGUAUAAGGCAUUCAGCUCCCGGAGCAGCGGCUUGUUUUCGGUGAUUUCUCUCCCCGUCGCUUCUCUAUGGAUGUGAAAUAAAAGCGGCGGUCAGUCGGCGUCCUCCCUCCAUCUCUCUCUGCUCUUCUCUUCCCGCUCCGUCAGGACCGCAUCCAGCCCAGAUACACAAAAUGGCGGACAUCAUCGAGCUGGGACCCGCCUACGCCAUGUCUCCGGUCCUGGCAGGCUUCCUGGGAGCUGGCGUCCUGGUUUUGGUCGUAGUGGUUCUGGUUCUGCUCUGGUCUUUCUGUCAGCGCCGUUACCUGCGCAUCUCUGGACGCUACAAGCUGCACGGCGACCGUUACUGCGACGCCGAGGACCCCCCCUACAAGUUCAUCCACAUGUUGAAGGGCAUCAGCAUUUACCCAGAAUCCCUCAGCAGCAGCAAGAGGAUCGUACGCAGCAUGCGCCGCGUGGAGCGCUCCGACCGCGAGGGAGAGCGAGGCUGCCCCGCCGCCACGGGGAGGGGCAUGGUGCUGGUGGACGCUGAGAACAACAUCCUGGACGUCCCGGGGCAGCUGCAGAUGAGUCACCUGGUCCCCCCCGCCGGGGCGGGCCCCGCCCUCAACCAGGCCCGGCUGGAGCGGGCUCUGCCGGUCCGUGCCGACUACUGCUGCCUGGACAGCUCAGCCAGCAGCAGCCAGACCAGCAGCAAGACCGCGUCCCCCUUCACCCCUGCGUCCUCGGAGCCCGAACCGGAGCCCAGCCUGGGGGCCAUCAGCCUCACCGUCGACUACAACUUCCCCAAGAAGGCCCUGGUGGUGACCAUCGUCGGGGCCCGGGGCCUCCCCGCCAUAGACGAGCAGGCGGGCAGCUCGGACCCGUACGUGAAGAUGACCAUCCUGCCGGAGAAGAAGCACCGUGUCAAGACCCGCGUGCUAAGGAAGACCCUGGACCCGCUGUUCGACGAGACCUUCACCUUCUACGGCGUGGCCUACAGCUCGCUGCCCGAGCUCACCCUGCACUUCCUGGUCCUCAGCUUCGACCGCUUCGCCCGAGACGACGUCAUCGGCGAGGCCGUGGUGCCGCUGAAGGGCGUGGACCCGAGCACGGGCCGAGUCCACCUGAGCCAGCAGAUCACCAAGAGGAACAUGCAGUGUGAGAGUCGUGGCGAGCUGCUGGCGUCUCUGUCCUACCAGCCGGUGUCUCACCGCCUCAGCGUGGUCGUCCUGAAAGCUCGACACCUCCCCAAGAUGGACAUCACCGGCCUGUCAGCCAACCCCUACGUGAAGGUGAACGUCUUCUACGGCCGGAAGCGCAUCGCCAAGAAGAAGACCCACGUGAAGAAGUGCACGCUGAACCCGGUCUUCAACGAGUCCUUCAUCUACGACAUCCCGCCAGAGCUGCUGCCCGAGAUCUCCGUGGAGUUCCUGGUGGUCGACUUCGACCGGACCACCAAGAACGAGGUUCUGGGCCGCCUGUUGCUCGGGCUCCACAGCCCCGCCCCCUCCGGAGCCUCCCACUGGAGGGAGGUCUGCGAAAACCCCCGCCGGCAGAUCUCCAAAUGGCACAACCUGAGCGAGUACUGAGGCUGGGGGGGGGGGGGACCAGCAGAAACCAGCCGACACCACCUUCCAGGCUGGGACUCCACCAGUGAAACCACUGGGAAAUACAAACUCAGUGUACAGCACACACACACACACACACACACACACACACACACACACACACACACACAGUUGUGAUCAUAGUGAAACUCUCUCUCUCUCUCUACUAUCUCUCUCUUCCACCACUACAUUCGUCCUGUUCAUGACAGCGAAGAAGCAAAAAGAAAACGAGCUGUUUCUAAAAGAGAACCCAUGAAACCAUCCUCGGCCCGUUCAUGUCUCCUCUGGCUGUGUGUGUCCGCGGGGAAGGAAUGCUCCGAUUUAAAAAAGAUUACUAAAGAUUCCCCUUCUUGCUGUUGUCGUCACGCAGCUCAUCGCAUGUCUGUCCCAAGAGAAAAGAAAAACAAGCCCUCCAGAUGAGGAGCUGAGAGCUGAGCGGCGGCAGGAGGACGCUUCAGCUCCGGUAGAAGAAAUACUCACUAACACUGCGUAGGACUAAUCGCUGCAUAUAUCCAAGUAUAAUUACUCCUCAGUAGGACCCGGUAAGAGCGCCACAGAGCUCCCACGUCUCGCAGCGGCCAUGUUUUUAGGGGGUGGGGUUGUUGUAGUCCACAGCAUGCUCCCUGCCUCCUCCUGAAGAAGAUCAAACAUCGUGUUCACUCGUGGCUCCUGGAGGAGGUGCACUCCCAUCUGACUGUGAACUGUUUCAAUGUGGAUUUACAAACUGUGGCUGAAGACGAGUGGAGACGUUAACCAAUCAGCUUUCUGCUCAGCAACACUGAGAGCAGACUGAGAGACCGUGUAAAAUACUUGUUUGUGACAUGAAUGGUAUUUAAUAGACUCUCUGAAGGAAGCAGGAAGCAGCUGGUGGACUGAUUCAUCCCCACGCCGUUGUCUCAUUACCAGGAGUCACAGAAAGACCUGCCGAGACCAACUCGGAUUCACUCAAUCAGGUCGCACCGUUAAAGCUUGAGAAACGAGUACAGGCAGCAGAACGGGCGUGUUAUUAACGUGGUUUAGCGUCUUCUGACUGACGUAAAAUUAAAAUUAAAAUUACAAUCUCUCAGGUGUGAAAUGUUUCAGGUUGGUCUCUGGCUGUACUGGCUGUGGUUUGAGAUUUCUCUGUUGGAAAACUCGAGGCUUUGACACAGAGCUGUGGAAGGAAACAGCCACGAAAACAGACAGAUGCUAAAUAUUAAACUAACAUCUUCCACGUGUCGGAUCUCCGGUCCUGCAAAAAACGAGUAUUGUGGUGUUUUCAGAAUUUUGGCACCGAAGUACCGGUUCUCGUGACAUCCCCACACUGAAGUCACUGUUAAACAGCAUUUAUCAUCUUAUCUAUCUUAUUUUAUCCAAAGCCACUAAUAGUUGGUGUAUCGGUCAGAGGUCGCACGCCACUGGAGCAACAAGGGGUUAAGUGUCUUGCUCAGGGACACGUUGGUGUCUCACAGUGGAUUCAAACCCAGGUCUCUUACACCAAAGGCAUGUGUCUAAUCCACUGCUCCAUCUCCACCCCAAAAUAUUUCUUCAGUUCAGUAGUGGUAUGCUGAGACCGGGAUUCGAACCAUCAGUCUUUAGAUCUGCAGGACAAAGCCGUAACCUCUAGACUAUUAAGGCCUAAAGUUUCAAGUCAGUCGCCCGCGCUCCAUGUGACCUCCGUGACUCUUCAGAUAUUAGCAUGCCAACGUUAGCUUUGUCAGGUAGUGGCCGUAAAUAUUUAAAACGAGUCAGUGAGCUGCAGCCUGUUUCACUGUAGUGAUGGUGAAACUGCACAGCUUCACGCCAGAGACGUUUUAAGAGGAGACCCGUACAAUCCUCAGUACAACUCUAUAGGCAAACCCCGUAACGCCAAAGAGGGCGGCUGUCCCGCCCCUCCUACUAGAAAGCCAAUCAAGCCAAUCGUGUGGUUCCACUGCUGCUGACAGCGUCAUGAAGGAAACGUCCUCUGCAUUUCUGUAAAGGUUCAGUGUGAAGUUUUAGUGGCAUCUAGUGGUGAGAGUGGGAACUGCAACCAACCACCUCCUCCCUUGCAAGUGCGCAGGAGAAGCUACGGUGGCUCAUCCUAAGGUAAUAAAAACAUAACGGUUCAUUAUGUAAAGUCUUUACACACCACUGAAAAGAGAGUUAUGGAUAUUAUAUUGAUUUCUGUCAGUAGGUCCUCCUGAAUGUCACACACUGGACCUUUAACCUGAAACAGCGUCGCUCUCAGAGUCCACAUUUAGCGCAGGCGGACGUUUUAAACUGACUGCAGCUCAGCCGUCACAGAGGCGUUACUGCAGAGUCUCAGUUCGUACCUGUGUUAGGGCUGCAGCUAAUGAUCAUUUUCACCAUUAAUGUUUUAGCCUAAAAAAAGUGGUAAAAUAUGUUUAUCUAAGUUUCCCAAAGUUCGACAUGACGUCCACAACCCAAAGACAUUCAGUUUACUGUCACAGAGGAGCAAAGAAACUAGGAAAUAUUCACACAUGAGAAGCUGCAAUCAGAGAAUUUGAACAUUUUGUUUAUUCAUACAGUUUAAAGUUAGAGGCAUAGUGCACAUUAACAAACAUUUCUGUAACUGUGCCAGUUUAGCUAUCGUCCCCGGGCAGGUGUAAUCAUAGCUACAUAAAAUACGGAUUUUAAUCAACUAAAUGAAACUACCGUAAAACCUGGUUGCCUGUGCUUUUAUUUGUUAAAAUCACCCAGCCUGUAUCUGGGACCUUAUUCCUUUACCGUGUAAGUAAAUCUGAAGGAAAACCACUUUAGUGCUCAUUGUUUACAUUAUAAAUACUUUAAAGAUUUACCUUGGUGUGCACUAAGCAGCUUGAAGAGGUUUCAUACAUCCAAACAGCUUCUAUAAAAACAGACCAGGCUUCUAACUGAGACCAGAACAUGCAGCCACACCAGGCCAGUAAAUGGGAGCGGCGUCUAACUAGGACUCUGCUUUAACUGAAGUUUUACGGUGAUCUGCGAACGCCUCGUUGUGAGCUCCCUGCAGGCGGCUUAACGAGAGAAAAUAAAAGCCGAUCAACGCGUCCUGAUCCCAGGCUUCAGGGAGACGAGACAGGUCAGAUGCGUCUUGAUGAACCCGGAGGUAAUGAGACGACGGCGCCGGGCGGAGACCAUCAGCAACCGCAGCUUCUCUUCGCUUCCUGUGCCCCUGUGUCACGUUCCUUCUCUUCCUCCGACCUGCACUGGCGUGUGAAGCGUUUCCCUGCAGGAGUGCCUGAAGCCGUUUGUUUUCUGAAGCCCAGUGGAUGUUUGAAUAUUUCCUUUGAGUGGUGUAGUCUAACGAGCACACGUUAGUCCCAGUUUAGAGUUAACCCACGUUAACCCCGCUCGCCGCCGAGCCCGCAGCUCGCCGACGUGGCGAAGAAGAAUAACCUGUGUGAAACUAACUUUGAGUCAGAGACGUGCCGAGGACGGCUCGGACGGCUCGGACUGUAGAUUUGUACAGAUGUGAACAUGUUUGCCGGUUUCCUUCCUGUCUGAUGUCCUCGGAGCUUCAGUGUGUUUGAGCGCCCCCUGCUGUAGACCUGGACGCUAACCUCGUGUUAGCUCUGUCACACUAAUCAGACGUGCAAAUAAAAAACAAGUUAGCCAUGGA